AUGAGCUUCCCUGGUGCCGGCGCACCUCCAGACGGCGUUGAGCCAGACUUAGAAAACCCCGAAGACGUUCUUUGGACAUGCAACUUUGUGACCCAGGGACUCACCAUUUUUCUUGUAACUAUCUUUGCUCUUGUUCGACUGUACGCCAAACACAAGCUGUUUGACGGCAAGUUUACAUGGGAUGAUUACACUACAUACUUUGCCUACAUUCUUUUGGUUGGCUACUGUGUCACAGCAUGCCUCGCUGGGGUAUAUGGCGCUGGCCAUAACCAGUGGGAGGUGAGGAAGGAGGAAAUAGAGUAUUUCUACAAAGCAGGAUAUGCAGCCACCAUAUUCUAUGCGCCCAUGACUCUUUGCGUCAAACUUUCACUUCUACUCCUCAUUGCCCGCGUCUUCGGUAGCGUUCAUAAGAAGACAAUGUGGGGAAUCCGCGUUCUCAUUGGGGGGAUCGUGGCCUACUACGUCUCGGGGGUUUUCAUCAAGAUCUUUAUAUGCUGGCCUAUCAGUGCAUAUUGGCGUGGUGAACGGGAGAAAUGCAUGAAUCAAAGUGCCAUCAUCACUGCGGACGCCAUCAUUAGCGCAAUAAGUGACUUGGCUAUCCUUCUGCUCCCUACGCCCCUCACCUGGUCCCUGCAGCUUGCAUUGAAGAAGAGGCUUCGAGUAAUUGCUAUGCUGUGCGCCGGGGGUGUUGCAACUGCAUUUAGUCUUUACCGAUUGGUUCUCAUCCUUUCUGAAGCGAACUCCCAGAAUCAAAGCAUUGUUUUUACCAAGGUCAUUCUCUCAGGAAAUGCCGAAGUUGGCCUUGGGCUUAUAUGCUCGUGUUUGCCAGCUGUCAAUGCCCUUUAUAUUAAAAAGAUCAAAGGGUCAUCAUACUUUGCACGACACGAGUAUCAAAACCAGUAUCACCGCUCAGCCCACAAUGAGCCCGGUCGUGGCGAUAUCCUGAUGACGAGGGCAAUCCGAAUCAACACCUCGUCUAAACAAAGAGGCGACGGCGAAAGUAUAUUAACUGGCUGUGAUGAUGCCGCACUGAUUGCGGAAGCGCAGCAAGCGCCCCGAACAGACACACCAAGCAGAAAGUCGGAUUCAAUCGUAUGA